AUGUUCUUCACGGGAACAAUUCCACUAUCAUCGAGCAUAAGUGAACCGGUUAGUCUGGAGGACAACGAUCCCAAGGCCCCCUACGCUCGGCCGAUUCUACAAAUCACCACCAUCUUCCACAGCCUGAGCACGACGUACUGCUACAUGCGGUAUGUCAACUACGAACAAACCGCGUAUGUGCUCGGGGCUCUAGGGUACGGAAUAAUGGCUAGCGUGGGAAUAUGGAGUGUGAUAUUUGGGAGCACGGAGGCCAGGCGAUCCAAGAGGACAGGCGCAGAUAAGAGAACGUCGGGGUUUCCUUUCAAGAACUCACAAGCUUAUGACAAAAGAAAGGACAGGAAGAUGGGGUGA